CUGUACGUGCGGGGGUGUGCGGGGUGCAGGGACAGACGCGACCGGUCCUUAAUUACCUACUAUUACCAUAAGCUGUCGAUUUCCCCCAUCCCUAGGGGCGAGCCAGCCCGAGUUCAAUAUCCCAUCUGUCGCAGAGCAAAAGGGGGAGAGCGGGGCUAGUCCUCUCUGGCCGUACGUGUUUUUAUUUUUUUUCCUGAGCUAACUGCAAACUUCCAGACAGAGAGUGCUGGGCGGAGAGAAAUAGUUGGGUCUCAUUUUACAGCGAAGAGAGAGAAGGAGAUACAGAAAAACAGUGAAGGGGACAGAUGUUAAAGCGCAGUCUUCCCUCGGCUCACUUGCUUAUAAGACACGAGUAGCUCCCUAUAUUAUAGCUGCCUGUCAGUACCGUGGUGCAAAACUGCAGAUGCAAGCAGCAUUCAAACAAGAUCCGCUCUGUUUCUGAGCCGAGCACGACAUGCAGGCACAGGCAGUUUGACUAGCGAGAGUUUUGAAAGAGGGAGGAGGACGGAAGGAAGGAAGGAAGCAAAGAGGGAAGAGGAGGAGAAAAGAGCCGGAGAAACGUUUGAAAGGAUACGCGAGACCGGAGACGUUACCGGUUGGUCACCGUGAAGAAAGGCUAUUCAAAGCUGGUAUCGCGGGGAAAAUCUAUCCUCGGAUAAACAGACAAGGGUCUGUCGUUGGCCGCUGUCGGGUGGGGAGAGGGAUUUUAUUGAUAUUCGGCAGCUGCCGGGAACGCGCCUGAUUCCGUUUGCUGUUUGGGGAAUAGAUGCGCUGGGAAGCCACGAUGCGGAGCGAUCCCAUUUUGUUCGCCUCCAGGGCCAUGGAGGAAUUGGUGUGUGAGCUGCGUCUGUUCCUGGACCUGCUGGACAGGGAGUAUCUGAGCGCUGGGGUCAGGGAGAAGAAGAUGCUCGUCUCCAACAUCCUUCACAGGGUCCUCACCGCUAAAGAGCCCUCGUUCAAGUCAGAGGUCCACAGCAGCCUUCCGGCACCCCCUCAGAUGCCACUCCCUGAGAUCCCACACCCCUGGCUCCCUCCAGACAACGGGCCUCCUCCUCUCCCCAGCUGCUCUCUUCCAGAGGGAUACUAUGAAGAGGCCGUCCCCCUCAGUCCUGGAAAAGCUCCAGAAUACAUCACCUCCAACUAUGAUUCUGACCAGAUGAGCAGUUCGUAUGAGUCGUAUGACGAGGAGGAGGAGGAUGGGAAGGGGAACAGAGGGAAGAAGAUGCGUCACCAGUGGCCUAGCGAGGAGGCCUCCAUGGACCUGGUCAAGGACGCACGCAUCUGUGCCUUCCUGCUGCGCAAGAAACGCUUCGGCCAGUGGACCAAGCUGCUCUGUGUCAUCAAGGACAACAAGCUGCUGUGCUACAAGUCAUCCAAAGACCAGACCCCCCAGAUGGAGCUGCUGUUAUCAGGCUGUAGCAUCACACAUGUCCCCAAGGACGGCAAGAAGAAGAAACACGAGCUGAAGAUAGUCCACCAGGGGGCAGACGCCCUGGUCCUGGCCGUGCAGAGCAAAGAGCAGGCUGAGGAGUGGCUCAAGGUGAUGAGGGAGGUGUGCAGUAAUGGCUGUGACUCAGAUGUAGCAGGAUCUCCUGUGCACAAGCCCGACCUGGAGAAGAAGGUGUUGUGUGAUAGGCCGAGCUCAGACGGAGAGCCGCCCAAUGAGAACGGACACACCGUCACCGACGGUAAGGACCAAGGUAAAGGGAAGAAGGACUCUCAGAAGAGUCAGAAGGGAGGCACGCUGGGUAAAGGGGCGGGGAAGAAGAUCACUAAGAUCAUUGGCUUAGGCAAGAAGAAGCCGUCCACUGACGAACAGACCUCUUCAGCCGAGGAGGACAUACCCACCUGUGGCUACCUGAACGUGCUGUCCAAUAACCGCUGGCGUGAGCGUUGGUGUCGUCUGAAGGACAACCAGCUGCUGCUUCAUAAGGACCGUACUGAUCUGAAGACCCAUACGGCCAGCCUGCCCCUCAGAGGCUGCGAGGUCAGCCCUGGACUGGACUCCAAACACCCCUUCGCCUUCCGUCUGCUCCGCAACGGACAGGAGGUGGCUGUGCUGGAGGCGUCGUCCUCAGAGGUCAUGGGUCGGUGGCUGGGGAUGCUGCUAGCUGAAACAGGCUCUAUCACAGACCCUGCUGCCUUACAUUACGAUUACAUAGAUGUAGAGACUACCGCAAACGUUAUCCAGCUGGCCAAGCAGUCCUUCUGCUUCACUAGUAAACGAGCUGUAUCUCCCAAACCUUAUCUGGACAACCCUGCUAACAGCUACGCAUGUCCCUCUGGAAUGGCACUGCACUAUGACGAUGUGCCCAUCAAUGGAACGGACCCAGAGGCGCUAUACUCCAGCCCUGGCACCGGAGGGCGACGUCUGAGAGAGGAGGUGUUGUAUGAGAACACUGACCCUGACCUGUAUGAGAACAUGCCUUCGCCCAAGCUGGCCGCCCGCUACUCCCCCAAGCCCAGUCGCCUGGCAUCAUCCUCCUCCUCCUCUUCCUCCAGCCACUACAAAACCCCUGGCCCUGGCCCUGUCAAAUCCAAACUCCUCUCCUCUUCCUCCUCUUCCUCGGCUAACACUAACACUAAAGCUGUUGCUCAGCUGAAGGGGAAAAAGGUCCCAGUGACCAAUGGGACAGCGUCUAAACAGAAGGUGGACAAGAACCAGGCCAAGAAGACCAAUGGAACAGCGUCUGUGAAACGCAACAACUCCAGUGCAGAGCAGUAUAAGUACGGUAAGAACCGCGUGGAGGCGGACGCCAAGAUGCUGCAGGCUAAAGAGGAGGAGCUAAUAAAGAGAAAGCAGGACAUCAGGAACAGUCUGACCCAGCUGAAGAAGGACAGGAAAGACCUGCGCACCACCAUGGAGGCCAGCACCGCUAAGCGUUCCGCUGGGUCCCUGGCGGAGCGGCUGAAAAAGGUGGAGGACGAGUGCAAGCUGAAGGAGGACGAGAGGGUGAGCCUGGAGCUGGAGCUGACAGAGGUCAAGGAGAGUCUGAAGAAAGCCCUGAACGGAGGAGUCACUCUGGGGCUCACCAUCGAGCCCAAGUCUGGCACCUCCAGCCCACAGUCCCCAGUGUUGCUGAGGCGUACCGUAGAGAACUCUCCCAUCUCCAGCUGUGACACCAGCGACACAGAGAGCUGUUCUACUCUGCCCGUGAACAGCGCCUCCCUCCUCCGCAGAACGACCAAUCAGAAACCCUCGGCCGUCCGCGGCCAUGUCCUCAAGAAGGCUAAGGAAUGGGAGAUGAAGACUGGCACAUGAGCAACAACUCUCUUCACAACAGUCCUGUCUUAUUAGCUUUUUAUUUUAUUUUAAUGCCUGUAUAUAUUUAUUUAAAUCAGUUCGUAUGGGGAUGAAGGUUGAAGAGGAGUACACUACAAGCAUAGCCAAACAGAGAGACGAUCAAGACAAUGCAGAUUUUUGUCUACUUUAUUUCCUGGACAUAAAGAACUAGCAGUCUUUUCCUAGCGUACCAUGUCAUGUUUCAACUACUCUGUCGUGUACUUUUGUAUUGCCCAAUCUUGUUUUUUUGUUAGUUUUUUUGCUGACAUCCACUUUCAUACAGUUUCUUGUUGCCUGUUUCUCCAUCACAUAAAAACAAUCUGGUUUCUUCAACUCUUGGGGUUCCAAAAUCAAGUGCAUAUUUAUUUGUAAAUGUUUAUUAGGUAAGUUCUAGCAUCCUUGUGAUUAUUUAUGUUGAUAAUAUUUAAUGCUUGUUGUAUUGUGUAGCUCCCUCUCUUUAGAACAGGAACUGCACUGUGCCACUAAUGUCCACAUCAUCUGGAUCCAGCCGUUAGUAUCACUGUUAGGCAAUCCAGAUGAUUUUCAAAUCAUCAAACCAGCAAUACACCUUCAGUACUCCUAGUCCUUAGUGGUUGAUGCCUGGGAGUGGGCCACUCAGUAAAGUGCAGGUCAGACUAAGGCGUGGUGGUGUUCUGGUGAGUUUGGCCACUGGCGUUGGAAAAGUCCUCAACCUCAAGUAAUGUAGCCUCUUGUAUUUACACUUCUACAUCCAGGAGGUGCCACUGGUGCACUGUAACCCUGUGGUCUGGUCUCACUCUGUGUGUGUGUGUGUGUGUGUGUGUGUGUGUGUGUGUGUGUGUGUGUGUGUGUGUGUGUGUGUGUGUGUGUGUGUGUGUGUGUGUGUGUGCGUUAGUUUAUGUGUGUGCGUAUGUGUGUGUGUGUGUUGAAAUGUCUUGAGGCACAUUCCAUCCCCAUCAUUAAUACACUGUUAGAAAUAGAAGCCCUUGCAGUAUGGUCAGAAAUACUGUGUGUUCUCCGCUUCAACCAGAGACUGUAACCUGGUUGUGGAUUCUUGAACUUCCAGCUGCUACUCUAGCAACACGUUUCAGCUCACACACACGUCACACACACACACACACACACACACCAGACAGACACUACAGACACUUUUAUGUAAUUUAUUUCUAAUGGUGUUUUUGGUAAUGAUUUUACCACAUCUACAGUACACUGCAAAAUAUUCCCAUAUCCACACUGCAAAAUAUUCCCAUAUCCACACUGCAAAAUAUUCCCAUAUCCACACUGCAAAAUAUUCCCAUAUCCACACUGCUCAGUGUAAUCUAACCACGGUGCUUUGUAGGGGUGAGACGUAGCAUGUUGAUGUACUACUGCAAGCAAGCUAAGUUUUUACUAUUUUUACUCAAAGGCACGUUUACCUUUAAAACGUCUGGUUUAUGGUGCAUUUAUUGGCCUAGUUGGAAUAUGAGGCUGUGCGUAACAAAAAUGGCCGCCAACAGCUGUUUUCAAGUUAUCAGUGUACAUGUUUGUAUCCCUCUUUGCUUCUCUAUUCAUUCAGAUUGAGGUUGGGAUUCAAUCCCAUCGCGAGUUAAAUGCAUUGCGGUGUUUUAAAGGCUAUUGAGCCGACAUAUGCAGCGUUUAUCGUGAAUGGGUUCUUCGCAAACGUGGGAACAUUGCCUUAAAAAGCCUCAAUGCCUAUAACCUGCGAUCGGAUUGGAUCCCGGCCAAAGUCCCACUAGGCUGCGAGUUAGAGCUAGCUCUUCACCACAAGAUGAGGGAGAGAUGAGGAGAAAGAGUUACACGUCUAGUCCAUUUUGGGCCCUUUCUUCUCUGUUUAAACAACUUCAAAUCUGAAAUGGGCCGAGAGAGAGAUGAUGUCACUCAGAAAAUGUGAACCCAAUGUACCUGUACAUAGCUUUGUGGGAGGGGACAGGAUGGGAGAGGUAGGGGAUGGGAGGAGGAGGGGGGGUAUAUUGGGUAAAGGAAGUAGGGGAGAAACAACAAAAGAGUGGAGGGGGGAGAAAGAGAGUGGAGUGGGGAGGGGGUUGGGUGUAUUGGGUAAAGGAAGUAGGGGAGAAACAACUAAAGAGUGGAAGGGGGGAAAGGGAGUGGAGUGGGGAGGGGGUUGGGUGUAUUGGGUAAAGGAAGUAGGGGAGAAACAACUAAAGAGUGGAGGGGGGGAAAGGGAGUGGAGUGGGGAGGGGGUUGGGUGUAUUGGGUAAAGGGAGUAGGGGAGAAACAACUAAAGAGUGGAGGGGGGGAAAGGGAGUGGAGUGGGGAGGGGGUUGGGUGUAUUGGGUAAAGGGAGUAGGGGAGAAACAACAACAUUGUUUGUUUUGCACCUUAGACUUUUCUACUCCAUUGUACUUCUAUUGACAGUCACCAACUCGGUGACGAACGGCUGUAUAUAAAAAGUAAUAAACCUCUUUACAAAUGUU